AUCCUGACAUUUUCACUCUUCCAGCCUCUGUAGAGCCAACUCUCUCUUUCUGGCCCUGCUGGGUAGAUCCAUCCGUCUUCGGUGAUGACUCUGCAGUCUGGACAGUGAGUCGCUUGCGGCCCACAGAGCUUUGAAAGGUGCUCGUCACAGAAGCGGCGAAUUCUGAUAAGUGUUUGAUCCUGGCCUCGUCAUAAGAGACUGUAGAUAGAACACUAAACCAAUGAUAAUCCACGCUUGCCUGAACAUAUUUGUUUGUCCUUUUUCUUAAUAUUAUUAAUCUUGGCUUUUUGCACCAGUUUUGUUUUAUUUUAUUUUAAAACUUUGGUCUAUGCAUUGUUUUUUAUAAUUUUGAUAUUAUUAUUAUUUUUAUUUUUUUUUGUACAUCUAUCAUCAUAAUGCACAUUCCAGUUCCACCUUCCCCUAUGAAACCAGCCGUGGCCCCUUCAGUAGAGCUGGGGGUCACGGUUCUUUACACUUGUCUUUAUGGGAGUCUGUUUUUAAUCGUAUAUGUUCAGCUUUGGCUGCUGUUACUCUACCGGCACAAGCGCUGGAGUUACCAAAGUAUUUUUCUUUUUCUUUGCCUGUUCUGGGCAGCGCUUCGCACAACGCUCUUCUCCUUUUAUUUUCGUAAUGCCCUUGCGGCCAACCUCCUGCCCGCUCCAGUCUACUGGCUUUUUUACUGCUUCCCAGUGUGCUUACAAUUCUUCACCCUGAGCCUCUUCAACAUUUACUUCACUCAGGAGCUGCUCAAAGUUCGAAGCCUGUUCAGAGUUGAGCCCAGGAAAGGACUACGGGCAGCUCGGUGGGUGUAUGCCAGCAUGAGCGUCAUCUUCCUGUGUGUCAAUAUAGUUUGCGCAAGCCUCGGACAGCAUGGCUCUUCCGGUGGAGCUGGAGACAAUACUUGGAGGCUGGUUCUGGUUCGAGUGCUGGUUAAUGACCUGCUGUUCAUUCUGGAAGCCGUGUGUCUGGCCACGUCUCUGCUCCUCUUAACUCGAUCCUCGCACCCUACCACUCCUUAUCUACGUAGUAAGGGGCUUUGUCGGACUGCGGUGCUGGGGGCAGGUGUCAUCUUGCUCUUCUCUAGCAGGGCAUGCUACAAUCUUGCUGUGCUGUUUUUGUUUCAGAAUCAUAAAGUCGAGGCCUUUGACUUUGACUGGUACAACAUCUCUGAUCAGGCUGACCUUCAGAGUGAGCUCGGAGACAGAGGUUAUAUUAUCUUCGGAGCGGUUCUCUUCAUUUGGGAGCUGCUUCCUACCAGCCUGCUCAUUCUCAUCUUCAGGGUUCGCCAGCCUCCUCAAGAAAAGAACUGCAGCCCAGCGAUGUUCAACACACGAGGCUCACGCUCAUAUUUCUUUGACGACCCUCGUGGAAAUGAUGACGACACGGGUUCUCUCUGGAGUCACAGUAGCAGCUGGUUUGGAUCCAGUGAGACGACUCCACUCCUCUUCAACCGGACUCCGCAGAGCAACCAGCACCACUCUCUCUACUCCACUCCACAGACCUGACCGCUAUGCAAAGCUGUAGAGAUCCUCUCUGACAUUCUCAGGCAAUAGCACAGCAUUACCUCUUCCUGAGGAGCUCAAUAGGUUCAUUUGCACUAUUCUUCAACAGAAGCAUCUGUACUUCUGAAGUUGCACCUUGACUUUUUAAAGCAGACCACAAUAGACUAGAUGCUUGUGAUAAAAAAAGGGACCAGCUGAUGAUUUUUUUCUAUAAGGAGGAGUUAUUACCACAUUUGUCUUUUCUUCAUUUAUAAGAGUAUCCUUGAAAUGUAUUAACAGAUGUUAUUUGUGUGUGGGAUGAUGACCUUCCAUUGUAAAUGGUGCAUAAGAAAGCAAUAAUUUUGGAUCUAACCGUGUGCUGAAAUUUGACUAUGUAUUUUAAUAAAAAACUAAUUUAAACAGU